AUGCGGCACUGUACAGCGCGCUCCGGUACCGCUGUGACUUCUCGUGCGGGUGCGGGACACGUGCCGCGGGCUCUAGCUCCCGCAGCGCAGCCGGUCGCCUUCCCCUUCACCCUCGUUCACCUCUCGUUCGCUAUGGAGUCGUUGGCCUUUCCUCGGCGCUCGGGCCCGGCUCCCUCGGCCGCCGCCUCACUGACCGUGGAGCUCGCCGGGCCGCUGGCCGAUGGGCUCAUCAAGUCGCCCAAGCCCCUGAUGAAGAAGCAGGCGGUGAAGCGGCACCAUCACAAACACAACCUGCGGCACCGCUACGAGUUCCUGGAGACCCUGGGCAAGGGCACCUACGGGAAGGUGAAGAAGGCACGGGAGAGCUCGGGGCGCCUGGUGGCCAUCAAGUCGAUCCGAAAAGACAAAAUCAAAGAUGAGCAAGAUCUGUUGCACAUACGGCGGGAAAUUGAGAUCAUGUCGUCACUCAACCACCCCCAUAUCAUUGCUAUCCAUGAAGUGUUUGAAAACAGCAGCAAGAUCGUGAUCGUCAUGGAGUAUGCCAGUAGGGGUGACCUGUAUGACUACAUCAGUGAGCGGCAGCGCCUGAGUGAGCGUGAUGCCCGGCAUUUCUUCCGGCAGAUCGUCUCUGCUGUGCACUAUUGUCACCAGAAUGGGGUUGUGCACCGAGAUCUCAAACUGGAGAACAUUCUCUUAGAUGCCAAUGGAAAUAUCAAGAUCGCUGACUUUGGCCUCUCCAACAUCUACCACCAAGACAAAUUCCUGCAGACAUUCUGUGGGAGCCCCCUCUACGCCUCACCUGAGAUUGUCAACGGGAAGCCCUACAUGGGACCAGAGGUGGACAGCUGGUCCCUGGGUGUCCUCCUUUACAUCCUGGUGCAUGGCACCAUGCCUUUCGACGGACAAGAUCAUAAGACACUGGUGAAGCAGAUCAGCGAUGGUGCCUACCGGGAGCCACUCAAACCUUCUGAUGCCUGUGGUCUGAUCCGGUGGCUGUUAAUGGUGAACCCCACCCGUCGGGCCACACUGGAGGAUGUGGCCAGUCACUGGUGGGUCAACUGGGGCUAUGCCACUCGUGUAGGGGAGCAGGAGGUUCUGCGUGAAGGUGGGCACCCCACUGCUGACUCUGCCCGAGCCUCCAUGGCUGACUGGCUCCGCCGCUCCUCCCGCCCCCUCCUGGAGAAUGGGGCCAAGGUGUGCAGUUUCUUCAAGCAGCACGCACCUGGAGGUGGGAGCACCAUGCCCGGCCUGGAGCGCCAGCAUUCGCUCAAGAAGUCCCGCAAGGAGAAUGACAUGGCCCAGUCUCUCCAGGGUGACCCAGCUGAGGACACCUUCCCUCGCCCUGGCAAGAGCAGCCUCAAGCUCCCAAAAGGCAUUCUCAAGAAGAGGGCCACCUCCUCAGAGGGGACUCAGGAGACCCCUCAGGAGGUCAGCCCAGUUUCCAACAACCCAGAGCAGGUGGCCCCCCUACUCCCCAAAAAGGGCAUCCUGAAGAACUCUCGGCAGCGCGAGUCUGGCUACUACUCCUCUCCCGAACCCAGCGAGUCUGGGGAGCUGUUGGACGCAGGUGAUGUGUUUGUGAGUGGGGACCCCAUGGAGCAGAAUCCCCCCCAAGCCUCAGAGCUGAUCCUGAACCGCAAGGGCAUACUCAAACUCAACGGCAAGUUCUCACGCACCACCUUGGAGCUUACGGCCCCAACCACCUUCGGCUCCCUGGAUGAACUGGCCUCGUCUCGCCCUCCAGUACGGGCCAGCCGUCCUUCGGGAGCUGCAAGUGAGGAUAGCAUCCUGUCCUCUGAGUCCUUUGACCAGCUGGACUUGCCUGAGCGGCUCCCUGAGCCUCCACUGCGGGGUUGUGUGUCUGUGGACAACCUCAUGGGGCUCGAGGAGCCCCCCUCGGAGGCUCCUGGCAAGUGCCUGAGGCGCUGGCGUCGGGAUCCCCUGGGCGAUAGCUGCUUUUCCCUGACAGACUGCCAGGAAGUGACAGCAGCCUACCGGCAGGCCCUAGGGAUCUGCUCAAAGCUCAGCUGAGGAUGGACGGGCAGGCUCUGAGAUGUAGUUGGCUAUGUCCUAAGGGGAGAGUGCUGCUCCCCUGCCUCCUAGGACCAGCAUCCCAGCUCCAAAAGUGAAAAGGGUGUGCACUGGAGCCUUAUGGAGGACUGGACCAGGAAUGGGCAAAUGAAGUGUGUCAGGGGCUUAGUGUCUUCAGCCCUAUUGAACGAGGAAGAUGAUAGAGGGGGAAAAAGAGUAGAAGAGUAGAGGAGAACGGGGAAGGCCCAUGGUGGAGUCCUGGUUGCCCCGCAGUGGGGCUGCAGAGACCUGGAAAGAACACUCCCAUCAGUGCCUGCCUUCUUUACUGCCAUAAGCAAGUGUUACACUUGGUGCCUUCAAGCACAGCCCCUUCUCUCCUCAUUCCCUACCAUAGUGGGGUAUGAAGUGGGAGCUUCACUUAAGCUCCCAUCCCACUUGAAGGGCUGGAAUAUGGCACCUCUACCAGGCCUGGGGUGUCCUGGAACUGCUCUGAAGUAACCCUCCCUUAUUUAUCCUGGGAGUAGGAAGCAGCCUCUGUUUCCUCUCCCCUUUCCCAGCCUCCACACCUGGCCUGAGCCUCCAGGAGUCGCUGCUAUAGAUCGAAAAGACUUGCAAGACUCAGGCUGCUGUCAGACUUCAUCUCAAGGGAUUCCACGCUCCUCUGGAACCCACCCUGGACCUCAAACACUUGAACUUCUGCCUCUAAGCUGCUCCUGAAGUCUAGACUGGAUGUGUCAAUUUCUCUGGGCUUGCAGGAUCCUAGAAUGUCCUUAAUUUAUUUUUAUGUUCUCAAUUCUGUGUUUUUAAAAAAGCGAAUCUUUAUAAUGUGAAUGCUAUGUUUUAGGGAAAUUCACUGACAUCCAGGUUUCCUAUACACAGAGGUACAUGACUCCUCUCUAAUCAGAGGAGGGGGAUCUUUUAUAAGCCCACAAGUUCCCUUGCACUGUCUGGAGAUGAGUCUCUGGGUCCUUUCACUCUAUAUCCUGCUGCUGUCUACCCUCAGUGACCAAAAGAACACUCCAUUAAAAAACCACAAUGGUGAUUUGAAAACAGCCUCUGUUCUCUUGGGGUGGAGGGAGGAUAGGGCAGGACUUUGAGCCUUCUCAUAACACUUUUCCCCUGGGCUGCCAGGGAUGGAACACAGAGAAACUGCUCAAUCCAAAAGGAACAAAAGGAGUGGGGGCGUAGCGCGG